CACCCUUUCCCUCCCCCCUCGCAUUAAAGGUGACGUCUACCCAGCCCGGGAUCCUCCAUGCACAUCGGUCAGAUUCACCGCCAUGUGAUAGAUCGGAUCAAAUCCCGGUUUUUGUGAAGCAUCUUUCACUCCCGACCCUUAAGAAAUGCCAGUCAAAAUGUGCCCUCACCUUCUGUUAACUUACUCAGUAUUUCACUCCUCAUCCUCCCCCUCCCUUCCCAACCCCGUGCUUCAUGCAGUAAGUCUCCCCCCCCCCCCCCCGGCCCCUCUCUUCCCCCAUCGGCGUCAAAUUCCGUCAUAUCAAAAGGCUUCAAACUGGUCUCCAAUACAUGCCAACACGGCCGAUCCUUCCGCCCAGUCCGGGGGAGAAAGACGUUGGCUGUGUGGUCUAUGCAUAGCCGCCCGCCCGCCCCCUCAUCAAUCAUCUCGAACAUGCUUCUCUGGGAAGCACGAAGCACGAGACCAAGGUAGCAGCGACUACUACAUCUUGAAAGAAGCGGGGAAACGUGAAGGCAGUAGAUCAAUACUCUAGGGCAGAGAACCAAGACGAAAAACCCUAGUUUAAAAAAAGAUAGACUGACCGACCGACUGACAACCUACCUGCCAUCCCCCGCCCCAAAAGAAAGCAAAUAGAAGCCCAACUACACAGUCACAAACACAACGCGCGCAGAAUGCACGCACGCACGCACGCACAGCACCCUUCUCUCGCCCUACCGGAAAAACCAAUUC